GAAGGGAGCCCGCACAAGAGGGAGCCGGGUCCUACGUGCCUCGCGCGCUGAGCCCCGGCCGGUUCACCGCGCAGGCGCAGUAGAUCCCGACUCGCCAUGCCGACUGUCAGCGUGAAGCGGGAUUUGCUCUUCCGAGCCCUGGGUCGGACCUACACUGACGAAGAAUUUGAUGAACUGUGUUUUGAAUUUGGUCUGGAACUUGAUGAAAUUACUUCUGAGAAAGAAAUCAUAAGUAAGGAACAAGGUAAUGAAAAGGCGGAGGGAGCCUCUGAUGUUGUUCUUUACAAAAUUGAUGUCCCUGCCAAUAGAUAUGAUCUUCUUUGUUUGGAAGGAUUGGUUCGAGGACUUCAAGUCUUCAAAGAAAGGAUAAAGGCUCCAGUGUAUAAACGGGUGACACCUAAUGGAGAAAUCCAGAAAUUGAUCAUCACAGAGGAGACGGCAAGGAUGCGCCCUUAUGCCGUGGCUGCGGUUCUCCGGAAUAUCAAGUUCACUAGAGAUCGAUUCGGCAGCUUCGUUGAACUUCAGGAGAAACUGCAUCAGAACAUUUGCAGGAAAAGAGCCUUGGUUGCUAUUGGUACCCAUGAUUUGGACACUUUGUCAGGCCCUUUUACUUACACUGCAAAGCGACCUUCAGAUAUCAAAUUCAAGCCUCUAAAUAAGACCAAGGAGUAUACAGCCUGUGAAUUGAUGAACAUAUACAAGACUGACAACCACCUUAAACAUUACUUACAUAUCAUUGAAAAUAAACCCCUGUUCCCAGUUAUCUAUGAUAGCAACGGUGUCGUCCUUUCAAUGCCUCCAAUCAUCAAUGGAAAUCAUUCCAAAAUAACUGUAAAUACUCGAAAUGUAUUUAUUGAAUGCACAGGAACGGACUUUACUAAGGCAAAAAUAGUUCUCGAUGUUAUUGUCACCAUGUUCAGUGAAUAUUGUGAGAAUCCGUUCAUGGUUGAAGCCGCUGAGGUAGUUUUUCCUAAUGGAAAAUCAUACAUCUUUCCAGAACUGGCUUACCGAAAAGAGAUAGUGAGAGCUGAUCUAAUUAACAAAAAAGUUGGAAUCAGAGAAACUCCAGAAAAUAUUGCCAAGCUUCUAACCAGGAUGCAUUUAAAGUCCGAAGUAAUAGGCGACGGGAAUCAGAUUGAGAUUGAGAUCCCUCCAACCAGAGCUGACGUUAUCCACGCAUGUGAUAUUGUGGAAGACGCAGCUAUUGCUUACGGAUAUAACAACAUUCAGAUGGCUCUCCCGAAAACAUACACCAUAGCUAAUCAAUUUCCUCUUAAUAAGCUCACAGAGCUCCUACGGUAUGACAUGGCGGCCGCCGGAUUCACUGAAGCGCUUACCUUUGCUCUGUGCUCCCAAGAAGAUAUUGCUGAUAAACUUGGUUUGGACAUCUCUGCAACAAAGGCAGUCCACAUAAGUAAUCCUAAGACAGCUGAAUUCCAGGUGGCACGCACUACCCUUCUUCCUGGCCUCCUAAAGACCAUAGCUGCGAAUCGGAAGAUGCCCCUUCCUCUGAAACUGUUUGAAAUCUCUGACAUUGUAGUAAAAGAUUCUAGCAGAGAUGUAGGUGCAAGAAACUACAGGCACCUCUGUGCUGUUUAUUACAACAAGAAUCCUGGAUUUGAGAUCAUCCAUGGGCUACUUGACAGAAUUAUGCAGCUCCUGAAUGUGCCUCCCGGUGAGAAGAAAGGGGGAUAUGUGAUCAAGGCAUCAGAAGGUGCUGCUUUCUUCCCCGGGAGAUGCGCCGAGAUCUUGGCCAGGGGUCAAAGCAUCGGGAAGCUCGGGGUCCUUCAUCCUGAUGUCAUCACUAAAUUUGAGCUGACCAUGCCCUGCUCCUCCCUGGAAAUCAACAUCGAGCCCUUUUUGUGAAGAUGGGUCUCUGCCUUGUGACUCUCUCCCGGAGCAUUCUGCUCCUUCCCUGGUGUCCUUGAGUCGUCUCCGCCCUCCCCCCCCCCCCCCCCCCCCGGGACCAUUCGCUUGCGCUUUAAUGUUUAAUAAAGUAGAAAGUCGUGUCUGGCUCCGUGUGUAGAGGCCGCCCGCUCCCUGCAUUAGGCCAGCUUGUGCGAACACGCUGUCUGUGAAGCCGCGUUACGAGGAGAAGCCCAGAGGACCGCGGGCCGGAGCCUUGCUGAUGAAACCAGCGCUGAUGCGGGAGAAUGGAAGAAUUUGUUCCUUCUCCGUCUGACGUGCAGCCAGCAGUGGGAAACAACGGUAGCUUUGGGAAACGAUUAGGGAGCAGCGGCCGUCUGGCAGUUACAGCCUUCGAAGUCCUUUGAAAGUGAAAGAAGACUCGAGUAUUUGAAGGGCUUGAAGGUGCGUGGGUGUUUCCACUCUGAUAUCCUGAGACGGAGUUCACACAACACACAUCUGUUCUGCUAGACGAGUUAAAACAAACGUGUUGAUAGAUAGCAGUGCGGUAUGAACAUUCGGAAACCAUGGAAGAGUAUUUUUGCCCCAGGCUAUACGUUCUGCUGUAAUCAAUACUAUAAAAUCAUGGCUUUAAAUACUUAGUUGAGCAACUAGGUUCUGUCUUAUUUUGCAGGGAAGUAUUAGGUCUCUCCUCUGACGCUAAGUGUGUCGGUCUGUCUUGUCUUGCCUCCUAAUUUACUUUUAUUUCUUUGAUCUAGACUCCUCCAAUAGGUACUGAAAAAAGGUUGAAUGUUUGAGAGAAGUUCUCAAUUCCUGUUAAGAUGAUGAAACAAUAAAAUGUAAAACUUUAAGUCCAGUAGAAAUAAGUAACAAAGUUAGAAAGAAUUAGGUUCUUGGAGCUUGUGCUGAGCCUACUACAGAGGAACCCAACCCUCUUACUGCUCUGAAUCAGGGCAGCGGUGUCCAGCCUAGUAAGAUUUGUGAACAUACAGACUUUCAUCACUCCUUCCCCGUUCUGUUUGGGGCAUUUAAAUGAGAAAGCUCACAAAAAAGAAUGUACGUCAAAAGGUUUUGUGUCCAGCAUGCAUACCUAAAGAUUUCUUAACAAGUUAAGACAACCCAGUUUUUUUUUAAAUGGACAAAAGAUUUGAACAGAUAUUUCCUGCAGAUAAAUCAGCAUCGGGAAAAAUUCUCAUUAGUCAUCAGGGAGAUGCAAAUAAAAACCACAGUACGAAUUGAAAUGGCCGAAAUUUGAAAGACCGGCUCAUACCGAGCAUUGGUGAGACCCGUGCCGUGGGACCUCCGUGUCCUGCUGGUGGAAACAGAGGGAACAGUGUUAUUUAUAGUAGCUUCAGCUCAAAUGUUCAUCAGCAGCUGAAUAGCUAACUUGUAGUACAUCCGUAUCAUGGAGUAGUUCUCGGCAAUAAAAGGGGAUGAGCUACUGAAGAAGAACAUGAAUGAAUCCCUAAGCAUGCUCAGGGG